CAAACUUGUAGACGACCUAUAGGUUUCUCCUUUGCCAACGUCGCUGUUCAGGGCACUGGCAUCAUGUCCGAGUCUCUCCCACCGGCGAGCUCGCUCGCGACUAUCAACGAACUCCUUGCAGGCAGCGUUGGGGGUGCGGCUCAAGUGCUCGUGGGCCAGCCGCUUGAUACUGUCAAGACUCGCGCGCAGAUUGCACCCAAGGGCAUGUUUAAGGGCCCUAUGGACAUCCUUGUCCAGACUAUGCGGAACGAGGGCUUCUUCGCCCUUUACAAAGGCAUGCUGUCGCCUCUUGUCGGAAUCGCCGGUGUGAACAGUCUCCUCUUCGCGUCCUAUGCGUUCUCCAAGCGCGUGCUGUCUCCCUACCCCGACCUGUCACUGAAGCAGAUCGCCGUUGCUGGGGCUAUGGCUGGCGCUGCGAACGCGAUAUUGGCCAGUCCAGUGGAGAUGUUCAAGAUCAGAAUGCAAGGGCAGUACGGCGCAGCCGGCGACAAGCGUCUGCGAGACGUCGCGAAGGAGAUGUGGUCCGACUGGGGCUUCAGGAAAGGUGUCAUGCGCGGGUAUUGGGUCACAGUUGCAAGAGAAAUACCCGCCUACGCUGGGUUCUACUCGGCCUUUGAGUUCUCUAAGCGUCGAUUCGCCAAGAAAUAUGAUAACAAGGUGCCGGUAUGGGCGCUGCUCGCAAGUGGCGCCGGUGGUGGUAUCGCAUACUGGCUUGCGUGCUACCCGUUAGACGUGGUGAAGUCGCGCGUGCAGCUUCGGCCGAUUCCACCAACCGGCACGCCAGUCCAGUACAUCGCGCAUGAGAUCAGGGCCGUUGUACAGGAAAGCGGCUGGACGGGGUUAUAUCGCGGAUUAUCACCCUCCCUUAUCAGGAGUAUACCAGCUGCGGCUUCAACGUUCGCAGCGUAUGAGCUCUCUAGAGAAUACCUGCUCAAAGUGACCGGUGUAUGAUUUUCCUCGUGUAUCACCAUCUUACAGUACACGGCGUUUGCCUGCUAGCAAAGAGAGGGAAGGUUACACCAAUACUACAAAUCUGGGUCAUCCCUCAUCUCCUGGUGACUCUCCGCUUAAGAUUCCGUGAUCAGACUCCAUUUCCUGAGCGUGCCGUCCCGAUCACCCGAUAACACGGACCUAUUGUCGUGGAGGAAUACGAAUGUGCCCGACCCUGGUACGCGUUUCUCCCUAUCCAUGUCCUGUUCGAACUCCCACUUGACGUUCCGCUCCGCAUCGUAGACGACCAGCCGCCCGUCCCCCACCUUGAAUCCGAUGAUGGGCUCCUCACCGAGCGGCCCGCGCCCGUAUAGUAAUUCGUAGACCUCCAACCAACCAGAAAACCGCUUGCCAUCGACUUGCCAGUAGCUCUUGCACUCUCCCGAGCGAACGUCGAACACACGCACGGUGCCGCUUCCGGCGCCUGCGGCAAGGUAGAGCGGCCCACCCGUCGUGUCAGGCGCGAAUCUGAGCGAGCGGAUCCAUCUAGAAAAUCCCUCCAACGCAUGCAGCAGCUCCCCCGUCUGCGCGUUCCACACUCUGACCUUCUUAUCCCCCGAGCCCACCGCGAGUAGCGUGCCGUCGGGUGACCAGGCUCCGCUCCAGUUCUGCUCCGUGCUUCCCUUCAACUCGAUCUCAAGCUUGCCCGUUUCGAUGCUCCAUAUGCGCACUGUCCUGUCCCACGACACGACGGCGAGCCUGCGCGAGUCAGGGCUGUCUCCUAGCCACAUGACAGCGUUCGACUCCGCGAUGCGGAAACGCUCCUUGCGGGCGGCGAUGUCGUAUACGACAGAGUCGUGACGAUCCUGGAGAAAGAAGAGCAGGGUGCCAUCGCGGCUGAACGGAUACGAGCAGAAGUGAGGGAGCUCUGCAUUCUCGAAGGUGUUACCCAUGCGCCCCUCGCGACGAAUCCCAACGCUCUGCAACGUGUUCUCGAACCCCGCGCGGAUCGUCGCCGUCUCCGCCUCGACGUCCUGUGCGGUCCAGCCGGCACUCUUGACUAGCUCCUCCAGCGCGAACUCAACUGCCUUGCUCGCGACUCUGUCAGCUGCGUUCUUCGCCGCCUCGACGGAGGGUUUCUCCUCGUCGAGGUCCCACAGAAACGUCGAUUUGUUGUGAAGUUUGCCCGUCGGGCUCGUGCUGGAGGCGAGCAGCCUGCCGUUGGGGUGGAAGUGGACGGAGCGGAGAUAGCCGACAUGGCCGCGAAGCCGGCGACGCAGCUCAAGCGAUACGGCGUCGUAGAUCAGGACGUCGCUGCUGGCGCCUACGGCGAUUAGAGCGCCGUCGGGAGAGAUAGCGAGGUUGGACGUGAGCUCGCCCGGCAGCGUGGCCUUGGAGGACUCUUCGCCCCACUUCUUGGGGCCUGAGAACCCCGGCGCCCACGUUACCGGCUGACCGUCCUUUUCGAAGUCGUAUUUCAUCUGAUGCACCCAGGCAUCGAUGAAGUCUUGUGGAGUUGUCACCGUCAUGGUUGACACGUAUAGAGGCAAUACGGGUUGGGAUUUGCGGGUUCAUGCUGUAUACCUGCUGCGGCGUUUCAUCAUUUCGAACAUAUGACCUGAACGUUCCCGAGGCAAAUCUCUUGCAACGAUGUUCACAUGGUACCCAACUCAGAGAAUAGAGUGUAUUUGCAGCACGAGCGGGACUCGUAUUUCGGCGGGCUCAUCAUUGCCUACUGUGUGGUAAGUCCCAAGUUAUUUUACAACACACGUUGAUAUUAAACUCGGCAUGAUCUCUUCCAGCCACCUUCAUCUUACGCCUCUCCAAGCAGACUCCACUUCCUGAGCGUGCCGUCCUGAUCAGCCGAUACCAAGGAUCUACUGUCAUGGAGGAACACGAAUGAGCCCGACCCGGGCACGCGAUUUUCUCUGUCCAUGUCCUGCUCGAACUCCCACUUCACGUUCUGUUCCGCAUUGUAGAUGACCAGCCGCCCGUCUCCAACCUUGAAGCCAAGCACGGGCGCCGCGCCGAGCGGACCGUGCCCAAACCGCACGA